AUGUACGAAAGAUCUGGCCGAGUGAAAACCUUUCCCCUCCAAGCGUCAGAGGGGAAAUACUCUAUCAUCAUUGAUGAGCUCCAAAAUUCUGAUAUAGGUUCUUACUACUGCAGGCAGAGCAAUCAAUGCAUUGAAGUGAAGUUAUCCGAAGACAAAGGUGAACAAGAUAUUGAGAAUGUCUGUAAAAUACAUGAAGUCAGUGCUGCACUUGGCUCUUCUGUCCGCUUGCCCUGCAACUUUUCAUCAAAAGACUCCAGCUGGGUUGAAUGGACUCAGGAAGAUGGACAAAAUGUGGACCUGGUUCGUCUCUCAUCUAAGGGACGCAUUAUUUAUCUGGACCCCAGAUCUGGCCGAGUGAAAACAUUUCCCCUCCAAGCUCCAAAGAGGAAUUACUCUAUCAUCAUUGAUGAGCUCCAAAACUCUGAUAUAGGUUCUUACUACUGCAGGCAGAGCAAUGAAUGCAUUGAAGUGAAGUUAUCCAAAGACAAAGGUGAACAAGAUAUUGAGAACAUCUGUAAAAUACAUGAAGUCAGUGCUGCACUUGGCUCUUCUGUCCGCUUGCCCUGCAACUUUUCAUCAAAAGACUCCAGCUGGGUUGAAUGGACUCAGGCUCAGGAAGAUGGACAAAAUGUGGACCUGGUUCGUCUCUCAUCUAAGGGACGCAUUAUUUAUCUGGACCCCAGAUCUGGCCGAGUGAAAACCUUUCCCCUCCAAGCGUCAGAGAGAAAAUACUCUAUCAUCAUUGAUGCGCUCCAAAACUCUGAUAUAGGUUCUUACUACUGCAGGCAGAGCAAUAAAUGCAUUGAAGUGAAGUUAUCCGAAGACAAAGGUGAACAAGAUAUUGUUAUACAUGAAGUCAGUGCUGCACUUGGCUCUUCUGUGCUCUUGCCCUGCAACUUUUCAUCAAAAGACUCCAGCUGGGUUGAAUGGACUCAGGAAGAUGGACAAAAUGUGGACCUGGUUCGUCUCUCAUCUAAGGGGCGCAUCAUUUAUCUGGACCCCAGAUCUGGGCGAGUGAAAACCUUUCCAAUCCAAGUGUCAGAGAGAAAAUACUCUAUCAUCAUUGAUGAGCUCCAAAACUCUGAUAUAGGUUCUUACUACUGCAGGCAGAGCAAUGAAUGCAUUGAAGUGAAGUUGUCCGAACACAAAGGUGUUUCACCACAGAGAUAUGUCUUCAUUGGCAUUUUUGUUCUCAUUUUCCUGAGUGCUGUUGUCUACUUCAUAAAAUGGUCCUGUAACAAAAACACACAGGACAACACUGUUGAUCCAUCAGCAGAAAUGCAGUGAAGAACUGGGG